GUAUUUAGAUAAUCAAUGAUCGCUGGAUAUUUGCAGAAUAAAUUAAUAGCGCAAUCGAGCAUUUAGGAAGUUCAUGGGACUGAUAUGUUAGCCACCUUAGGUAUUUGUGAUUAACAUUUAAUAUAGAUAGAAGAACUUCGAAAAUCUAUAUGGGCGGAUAAUCUCAAUAGCAACUAAAUCCAUUGGAUUUGGUUUAAAUCAGUAGUGCAUUACCGCAGUUCUCCUUUCAGUAAAACACUGAUCAAAGAUUAUAGAAUCUUUUAAACUCAAAUUACUAAUAGCAGAUAUCGUAAUUGGCCAGUGCUCCCAAUAUUGAUUUGAUCAAUUAGAUCAAGGUAUUUUCUGAACUCAAUAAUUUUAGGAAUAAGCAAGAGUUGUGAGAUUGCAUUAUUAAGCUUGA